GGAACAAAGUCUUUGAAGACUGUGAGACUGACGGCAUUCGGAGAGGGUGCCGGUUCUGGCAGACAAUUUACCGUCUGCGAGUUUCUCUUGGCAAUCUGUAGAAGCGAGAACUGGUUGGUCUGCUUUGGAGAUGAGCAGGAUUGUUGCUCAGGCAGUGAACUGCUCGAUCUGGGCGAGACAAUUAUCUCACGCAGCGGCGGUGACGGUGGAGGUCUGGCUAGUUCGGAGUCGCGUCGAAAAGUCUGGGAGUAUCUCGGAUCCGGAAGUUCACGGAAUAUGGCGAUCUUCAACUUCUUCCGGCCCGGCCCGUCGACAGACAAUACCCGUUCUAGCCUCGGGGAAUCGACGGUCUGGCAGAUCGAAGUAAUGUUUUCCACCUCUUUGUCGGAGGACGGGAGAAAUGGAUCAGGCAGACAGGAGUUGUCAAGCAUCAGAAAUGUUUUCACUUCUCGUUGGCAAUCUGUUGGCCGGAAAGAGGUCCCAUUCAAUUCGCUGAGUGCUGCUUUACUUGUUCGAGCACUUGCAACUCUCUUACUAGCUCUAUUUAUAUCUCCACGUCAACUUCAAACUCCGAUGCCUCAAUGCAUUUCUAUAGACCUCAUCAUCUCCUCCUGUCGUGCUGAAUUUACUCAACUGAUUUAUCCAACUUUGCUCCGGAGGAUAGAAGGCAGUCUAACCUGGUCAAUUGGUCUUUUGGAAGACAAUUAA